GCCGGUGAGACCGAUAAGUGGAAGGAGCAAGUGUCCUCCCAGUCUUCGAUGGACAUAGAAGAAGUGGAAGAGCUGGGGAUGGAGGCGGAUGGACAGAAGUUACAACUGAGCUGUGCAGAGGGUGAAGGCGCAUGUUCUCAGGACGGUGGCUCUGCACAGCCAGAGGCAGUCAGCAAUGGAGAGGACUCUGAGUCAGAGAGAGAGCAUGUGGAGUUUAAGAUCAUCUGGAAUAAGAACAAGUAUGACGUGAGGCUCCCAUUGGACAGCACCGGAGCAAGCCUUAAACAGAAGAUUCAUACACUCACAGGUCUUCCACCAGCUAUGCAGAAAGUCAUGUUUAAGGGGUUACUUCCCGAGGACAAAACGCUAAGGGAAAUCAAAGUCACCAAUGGGGCAAAAGUAAUGGUAGUAGGAUCCACUAUUAAUGAUGUCUUGGCUGUUACCACCCCCAAAGAAACCAUCCAACAAGAAGUGAAAGAAGAAGAGAACAAGAAGGAGCCACUGUGCAGACAGAAGCAACAUAGAAAAGUGCUGGAUAAAGGAAAACCCGAAGAUGUAAUGACAUCUAUAAAAGGAGUACAGGAGCGGCUUCCAACUACGCCAAUAUCCGGUAUGUACAAUAAGUCUGGGGGGAAGGUCAGACUGACAUUUAAACUGGAGCAAGACCAGCUAUGGAUUGGUACAAAAGAGAGGACAGAGAAAAAUCCCCAUGGGUUCUAUUAAAAAUGUAAUCUCUGAGCCUAUUGAAGAACAUGAAGAUUAUCACAUGAUGGCUUUCCAGCUGGGUCCUACUGAAGCAUCUUACUACUGGGUAUACUGGGUACCAGCGCAAUACGUGGAUGCCAUCAAGGACACAGUGUUAGGAAAAUGGCAGUAUUUUUGA